AUGUUCAUCACGUGGAAGAUCAGCCGGCUGGUGUCGCUGGACCGGUACGUGGCCGACGUGGGAUUCCACCACGUGGACAGCCUGGACGCCGGUGCUAAGCACACCGUCAUUCUCGAACCGAACGGAAACUACGAAUACAGUAUCGAGCAGAAAGGCAGCAUUGCUCUACCGGCUCCGUACGACACGAACUGCGUCGACUACAAGAUGUUUGGCAAGCAUCCGUUUUACCCGGCCUACAUGACUCAAACGCUGUGCAUGGAAGAGUGCCGUAUGAACAUCACGUUCCUGAACUGCGGCUGCAUCAUGAAGACGUACCCUUUCCGUAACAAGCUCGACGAAGUCAUGUGCGACGACGCGGAGACUGCUGAUUGCGUCCUCAAGAGAAGCAAAGCCAUCUACGACCGGGUCUGCAGAGAAGCGUGCAGGAAUCCUUGCGAGGAAACGACCUACGACAUAACUUUGGGCUACCAGGGCAGGGAGAGCGGAGUUCCAUUCAACGGGUACUACUACCUGAACAUGAAGCUCACCAUCCCGGUCCGCUACGUGGCCAUAUUGAAGACAAUCCCAAUGCACACGUCGACAACCGUGCUGGCGGUGAUCGGUGGCUACCUGGGGUUCUGGCUGGGCUUGUCCAUGUACAGCGGUGUCACCAAGAUACUCCUCCGCGUCCAGGCCAUCAUUGCGAAACGGAUGAAGGACCGCCUCACCAGGGCCAGGAGCCAUGUGCUGCUGUUUUAG